AAGGCCAAAAAGAGCAGCCAAUUAGAAUUGCCUUUUUUUUUUUGGUUGGGUUUUAUCUUUCCUCAAAAAUUAAUAGAAAUCCUAUAGAAACAAAAACACGUUGUAGUACUUUUUGGGGUGUAGGGAAGGGAAGAAAGACUCAUCCUAGGAGUUCCAAACCUUUAACGGUCAAUUAUAAUUACUUCCAUUGGUGGCUGUAUUAAGACUAUUAUUAUUAUUAUUGCACCAAAAGUCUCCCUUCCGCUCCCAAAAUUCUAAUUAAUACUAAUAGUAAUAAAUGAAAAGAGAAAAAAGGGGAAGGGGUGGUCAAACAAGAGUGAAGAUGCGAAAUCCCAAGUGAAAGAGCAAAGUGCAAAUCUCUCUCUUUCUCCUCGAACUGUUUUCAAGGCUAAGCCGCUCAUAGUAUUGGUUUUUGAUUUGGUGUUGGGUCUUGAGGUUUUGGUAGAGGCUAGGGUUACCGUUAAGUUAAAAAGACAGGCCUUCUUCUUUCUUGGGGCGUUUGGGGAAUGCGAAGUAUUGGGAUGAAGCGUAGGCCUGAGGAAUCGUGGCGGUGCAGCUACUGCGGGGAUGAUGGGAGUGGGAAGGGGAAGGACAAGGCGGAGGAAGAGGGGAGUGGAAUGGUGUUGCUUCACAACGUGCAGCAUAGGGGUAGGUUGCGACUCCUCUGCACAAACUGCGUGCUCAUGAACCACCCGGGUCUCUUCUGCCCUAUCUGCCUACAACCCUUCGAUCCCUCCUCCUCCUCCGCCUCCACCUCCUCCGCCAUACCACCUCCUCCUCCUCCUGUUGGCCACCGCCUCAUGUGCCUCAAAUGCCCUGCCAUUGCCCAUCUCUCCUGUUCUUCUUCUUCUUCUUCCUCUUCCUUCCUUUGCCCUCCCUGCACCUCUCACAAAUCCCCUCCUUUCCGGUUCUUUAGUUCUAGUAAUGGUGAAGGGGAUGGAUUCUUGGACAGGCGCAAUGCUAAAGCCCUAGUGGCAGCCGCUACCAUUGCUGCCUUCUCCAUGAACAAAGCCGCCAUUGCUGCCAGAGCUGAUGCCGAUAGGCUUCUCAAGGACGCCCUCGCUGCCAAGAAGAGAGCCAAACAAGCCCUGGACAUACUUGCUCAUCUUGUUGCCAUAGACAACCACAACAAUGACAAUGACGAGGAUAAGGACGCCAACGACACUUAACCAGCCAGUAUUAUCUUAGUACGUAUAUAUAUAUAUAUAUAUAUAUAUAUACAUAUAUAAACAGAUAUAUGCUUCCUGAAACUUAUUGAGACAAACUAAUCCAGCCAAUGUGCUUUCUGAAACAGUUUUAGUUUUAUCAUCCCUGAGUGGUUUUGGAUAGUUGCAUCUCAGCUUCUUUCCUUUUGCAUUUAUGGAAAUUGUCAAGAUUUGGUUUUUGUGUAGAGCUCGAUAUAUAUAAAUUUAUGGGUCCUCCCUCUUGUUCUCUGUCCUUUUGUUUCCUAAAUAUGUGAAUUUUCUUUUUCAUUUUUCAUCCAUUGCCAAAUU